AUGCCCCCGCGUAAAAGCCUAUUUGCGCCUUUCGUCUCUGUAGACCCGGAGGGAGGGGUCCGCCCUGCGGCCCCAGUGGCUCUCCACGCCGAUAUCCACGCUCUGCUGCAGCGGAGCCGUGCGCCGGAGCGGCAGGGGGCAGAACGCACCAGCGACUACCAGGACCCUCCGUGCGCCAUAGUGGAGCUCCGACUGGGCCCCGGCGUCGGAGCGCUGCACUACCUGCAGCCGGACAAGUGCGCUCUGGAGAGGGCGCAGCGACGGCGGCGUCUUGCUGCCAACGCCCGGGAGAGGAGGAGAAUGCUGGGACUCAACGUCGCCUUUGACCGGCUCCGUAGCGUCAUCCCGAACCUGGAGAGUGACAAGAAGCUCUCAAAGUCUGAGACUCUGCAGAUGGCGCAGAUUUACAUCGCCACCCUCAGCGAGUUGCUCCAGGAGGGCGCGGGUGCAGCCUCGGUACCGGGUCACGCACCGCGGCCCCCGGUUACAGCUUCGCCCUCACAGGGAACCAAAGCGCUGGCAGCAGGGGACCCACCGCGGCCGGUGAGGGACUUUCACACCGCGAGGAGCAGCAACAGAGGCCCGAUGCGCCCAGAAGAGGAGCAGAUGAGCUUUGAGGACAUGUAG